AUGUCUCCUGCACCUGUCGCUGCCUCUCUGCAGCAGGAUCCACAACUUCAGACCCUGGCGAAAGCUUUCGAAGCUCUUUUGCUAACCACUCAGCAAUUUAUCUGCAAGGAGAAUAUCUUGCAACAGAAGCUGGAAUAUGCUUAUGAUGAGUAUAUGAAGCUCGCAGGUCGACUUCCCGGCGGUCUUGACACUCAUGCCAAGAUCGUCUCAGAAAGGAUUCGCGGUCACUCGUCCGAAUUCGGGAACCAAAAGUCUGCGUCUUUUAGUCCUCCCGACGUAGUAAGAACACUAGCAGAGUCUGGCAAUGUAGGCGACCAGACUCUGAAACCAAUAGCGGACGGGGUGGUGUGUUACAAAUCUGUCCUGAAUUCACAGAGUGACCCUGAGCCCAAUCCAUGUCUUGUUGCCACUAGGGCCGGAGCUCCUGGCUCUUUAGAAAAAGACUUCACCACCAAAGGCACUCAGGGAAAUCUGCACUGCCCAUUCGCAAAGUCUAAGAAUAUGACGUCUAAUGAUAAUGGGGUGGCUAAUGUGAUUGAGAAUCCUUUCAACAUCCAGAAUGAUGACACGUGUGGACACGAAAGUUUAGACCCAAUAAAGGCCGAACGAAAUGAUAGGCGUUCUAGUCAGACUCCUUCGGUGAGGACAUCGACCACCCAAUGUCCUGUUGCUCGGUGCCCUAUUAGAUACCUAGACCAACAUAGCCCGGAAGAAAUUGCCGACUAUGUUGAAAGGCACAAACACGAAAUACCCCGAAGUCAUGCAAUUUGUGUCCAGCGUUAUCAGAAGGAUUCCCAUAGCAUGCGGCAUCUAGAUGCAAAAUAUGGUAGUCUCAUUAAUAUGAUUCGAGGGUUAUCCGUCAAACAUCAAGCGUUCCUUCCGAACCGUGGUAAUAGCGGCGCUCCAACAUCCAGUUCCUCUGCCGAACGAGUGGAAAAGUGGGCAGAAGAGGUUGGCAUAAAUCCGGAGAUGCAACCCUCUAUUAAAGAGGGCGAGACAGAGAACGACGAUGGGAGGGAGGGCCGCUUUGACCGUCCGCUACGCGAGGUCCGCGUUGGUGAAUCUCCAAGCAGGCCUUGGGGAAUUCCUGUCCCGAUGCCCUUGCCUCCUUCAGCAUCGCCUCCACUUUCUCCUCCACCGGCGGCGGCCUUUCCUGAGAACUCGAAGAAGCCCUCGGAGGAAGAGGCUAUCGGAGUCUCUUCCAUCCCGCCCCGUGACUCUACGGUACCCAAAUCUGGUCGUUGUCCUUUCGGCCAUGGCGCAGCUCCAGCCGUCAAUACAGCACCGGAGACAGAGACAAUUCGCGAUUAUGGGAAGAAGAACGGAACCAUUGACACUGCGGAGCAGGAUUUUGGAGAACAUACACACGCUCAUCCUCCCCCAACAAACUCGCCGGCCAGUAUCGUAUUCAACGGUCCUGUAUUCUUUGGCUUUUCCCCAGAGCAAACUUCUUCUUUCUUGCAGCAAUUGGGAUCUCAUAUCAAUAAACAGUGA